CUUGAGUUCAACGUCAAGCUAGUCGAACUCCAGAAACUUUGGCACGACAUGUAGCUGAUGGCAUUGAUUGCCGCGGCCUAUUUUGGAAACGUCCAUGACUUGAUGGAUGGCCUGAGGGAUGGCGAGGACAUCGAAGAAGCUGACCCAAAAGACGGUUGCCGUCCCCUGCAUGCCGCUGUGAUCACAGAUCAGGAAGAAGCAGUUGCGUACCUCCUCCGGCAAAAUGCCAACCUGGAGGCCUCAGGCCCUGAUGGCUUGAGUCCACUCCAAUUGGCGUGUCGUUGUGAUGCUGUUGGCGUGAUUCGGCUUUUGCUGGACCAACGUGCCAACCCAACAGGUGCAGCGGACAUUUGUGAAGCACAUGGUACUGCGCGAGCUCUGCAGGUCUUGCAGGGUGUGGAUCUGAAAAACGAAGAUCCUGUCUGUGAGUCUGAAGGCGAACUUGCACCAAUUGGAACUGAAGAAAGACGAAUUGGAACUUUCACGAAAGAGGAAGGCGACAAAAGCGAGAGUUCACAGCGCCCAUGCUUUGGAUCGGCCGUGGACCCAACUUUCCUCGAGGAAGAAGCGGAACAAACCGCUCUUGCUAUGGCCCUCGAGAUGGAACAAGAAAGUGCUUGAACGAGGCCCUGGACAUGCUCAGGUCAUUCGGUGCCAAACCCUUGGAGGGCCGUGUUUUGCUCAUCACGGGGUCUACGUUUCUGUCCUUUUCACAAUCAUGUGUGACCAAAGAAGCUGACAUUUUGAAGUAGUAUAUUGUUUUUUUUGCAUCUUUUUCUAAUUCCUUUUUGCACCUAAUGAUGUGUGUGUGUGGCUGAACCCUUGCUCAUGGCUCUUAAAAUAGAAAGCACGGCAGAUAAUUGUUGGUCAUUUGCGACGCAAUGCAAUCAACAUAGAUCCCAGACCCCAAAGAGCAAAUUGGAUAAGCUCUUGAGGGGCCGCUCAGUUUCUUGGAAGAGCCAUCAUGAUCUCGAUUGCAAAACAAGUGCUGGACUAGCAAUGUGAUGGGAUCAGGGGACGGUUCAUAAAAUACAAAGAGUGGCGAUCAGCGUGCUCCAAAGUCUACUCAGCAUGAUCUUUCGGCUUUGCUAAGAGGUCUUCUGAGCUCGUUUCGAUCUCGUCUCAAUUGCAGGACGUGAUGGCCAGGUAAACUACCCUCUGGAAGCGUUUGCGGCCUUGCGCGAAAUGGUGUGACGCAUUGCGCAACAUGGACACAGCGAUGAAUGCUUUUGCUCAAUAUGUGGAUUCUUUGUGCACUUUGCGCACAGCAUGGAAUUAUUGCUGUGCCUGUAUAUAUUUGGUUGAGGGCUGCGCAAGUUGGAGGGUGUUCAGAGGUUUUUAUGGCACAAGGCCUCCAAAGUCAACCCCAAUCUUUGGUUUGUUUCUUUCUUUUGUCGCCUUUCUCACAAUCGCUUCACAACUUGCAGGCAGAAGUGCAGGUUUGGCUCGAAAGCAAAAGGGCAAAAGGUGUAAGAGG